AUGAAGCUGCUGGAAGCUGGAAUCAUCUAUCCAAUUUCAGAUAGUGCUUGGGUGAGUCCUGUGCACGUGGUUCCUAAGAAAGGAGGGGUUACAGUUGUGAAGAAUGACAAAGAUGAGCUGAUUCCGACGCACACAGUGACUGGACACAGGAUGUGCAUCGAUUACAGGAAGCUGAAUGCAGCGACCAGGAAAGAUCACUUCCCAUUCCCUUUAUUGAUCAGAUGCUAUAGAGACUUGCAAGCCAUCUCUACUACUGCUUCCUCGAUGGUUUACGGAUCAUCUUUUAAGGACUGUCUGGAUAAUCUCUGCAAGGUUCUGGCUCGCUGUGAAGAGAAGCACUUGGUCCUUAACUGGGAAAAGUGUCACUUUAUGGUCAGAGAUUGGAUUGUGCUCAGGCACAAGGUUUCUGCAGCUGGCAUAGAAGUGGAUCGUGCGAAGAUUGACGUCAUGACGAGCUUGCCACCACCUGAUUCUGCGAAAUCAGUUAGAAGCUUUCUGGGUCAUGCAGGGUUCUCUCGUCGCUUCAUCAAGGACUUCAGCAAGAUUGCACGUCCUCUCACUGCUUUACUAUGCAAGGAUGCUAAGUUUGAGUUUACAGAUGAGUGUCUUGCUGCGUUCGAACAGAUCAAACAUGCUCUGAUAAGCGCCCCUAUCGUGCAGCCUCCUGACUGGAAUUUGCUUUUUAAGGUGAUGUGUGAUGCUAGUGAUUUUGCUGUAGGUGCUGUUCUAGGACAGAAGAAGGAAAAAAAUCUUCAUGCAGUCUACUAUGCCAGACGAACUCUGGAUGAUGCUGAAAGGAAUUACGCUACCACUGAGAAGGAGCUGUUGGAUGUGGUCUUUGCCUUUGAAAAAUUUCGACCAUACCUUGUGGGAUCGAAGGUGAUUGUGCAUACAGAUCAUUCUGCACUCAAAUACUUGAUGCAGAAGAAGGAUGCAAAGCCGAGAUUACUGCGAUGGGUGUUACUUCUUCAGGAGUUCGAUAUUGAGGUCAAAGACAAGAAGGGUGUUGAGAAUGGUGUAGCAGAUCAUCUCUCACGCAUCAGGGUUGAAGACGACGUACCCAUAGACGAUUUCCUGCCAGAAGAGAAUGUAUACUAUGUGGAAACCGAGUUCCAGAGCAGGUUUGACGAAGAAUUGCAGGUUCUUCGAAUUGAAGAAACGUUAGUGUCGAGCGACACCACCCCUAGUGUCGCGCGUCACCUUGCUCAGCCAUACACAGAGACCUAUCCAAUUCGAAGCAGACUUCCUGAGAUCAGUUCAGCUGUUGUAUCUGCCACCCAACGUCCUUGGUAUGCUGAUAUUGCCAAUCAUCUCGCUGCAGAGGCUAAGCCUGAGAACUUUAAAGGGUAUGCGAAGAAGAAGUUCCUGAGAGAGCUACGAAGAUAUCAUUGGGAUGAGCCAUACCUGUACAAGCACUGUUCUGAUGGGAUUUACAGAAGAUGCAUUGCAGAGUCAGAAGUCCCAGAGGUGCUGUUUCACUGUCAUGGGUCGGAAUAUGCUGGACACUUUGCGACAUUCAAAACAGUGUCCAAGGUUCUUCAAGUAGGCUUUUGGUGGCCUACCAUGUUUCGCGACGCGCAUGCUUUCAUCUCGCAGUGCGGUGCUUGUCAGAGGAGAGGAAAGAUCAGCAAAAGACAUGAGAUGCCACAGAAUUUCAUCCUUGAGGUUGAGGUAUUCGAUUGCUGGGGUAUCGAUUUCAUGGGUCCUUUUCCCUCUUCGUAUGGGAACAAGUACAUCCUGGUUGCUGUUGAUUAUGUUUCAAAGUGGGUCGAAGCCAUUGCUAGUCCCACCAACGAUUCCUCAGUGGUUCUUAAGAUGAAACAUGGAGUUCAUCAUCGAGUUGCAACUCCUUAUCACCCUCAGACAAGUGGACAAGUCGAAGUCUCGAAUCGUCAGAUUAAGGAGAUCCUGGAGAAAACAGUGGGCAAAACUCGAAAGGAUUGGGCUGCGAAGUUGGACGAUGCACUCUGGGCGUACAGGACAGCGUUCAAAACACCUCUAGGCACCACACCUUUCCACCUGCUCUAUGGAAAGCCCUGUCACCUUCCAGUGGAGAUCGAACACAAGGCAGCCUGGACGAUAAAGCUGAUGAAUUUUGACAUCAAGUCUGCUGCAGACAGGAGACUGAUACAGCUGAAUGAGUUGGACGAAAUCAGGCACCAUGCCUAUGAGAAUUCGAAGUUGUACAAAGAGAGGACCAAGGCUUAUCACGAUUCAAAAAUCCUCUCCAGGCAAUUCGAAGCGAAUGAUCAGGUACUUCUGUAUAACUCUCGUUUACAAUUGUUUCCUGGUAAACUUUGCUCUCGAUGGUCAGGUCCUUUCAUUGUCAAAGAGGUUCGCCCCUAUGGUGCUAUCGUCCUCCUCACACCAGAUGGUAGCAGAGUGUUCACAGUCAAUGGACAAAGGGUAAAGCACUACUGGGCAAAAGCCGAGAUUCCGGAUGGACAUAUCGUGCCUCUGGAUGGUGCACCUCCUGCUUGA